GCCAAAGACAAUACUAAGUACGAUAGUUAGCUAAUCUGUGAUAACAAUUAUAUUUCUGUUUAAUCUGUCAUCAAUGGCCGCGAGACAAAUGCUGUUGUGACUGCUAGAGUGCAAAUUAAAAUUCGUUUAUCUCGCGCAAAAACAUUCGUAUAACAUUUUGUUUACCAAGAAGAUAUGUGACUAGGUUCUGGUGAUAGAAAUUAGAAGUGAGUAACCAUAAUGGACGUAGAUGAUUCGGCGGUUGACCUGAGCGUCAGGGCAUUGCCACCUGAGUUGAGCGAGUUGAGGGCUCUGACGGCCAGUGGGCUGACUAUUACGCCUGCACAACCACCACCACAUGAACUGUCUAGCGCGGAGAUAUGGGAGCGCGAGCGUCGGCUGCGUACACUGCGGGAGAAACUACGCGCCGAGGAAACACGACUCGACUCUGCGACGGGCACUGCGCUGGCCGGCAGUGGCUGCGUGGUGCCCCCCGGCGUCACCGUCACGCCCGCGCCGCCCCCCGCGCACCAGCAGACUAAGCGUACCAGCAGUAGUACCCCAGCAGUGAGCAGUAGUAGUUCGUCCCGCCGCACGUCCAGUCUGCCGGGCGGGGCCACGCUCACUCCCGGACCCUACCGCUCACAGGCAAGUUCCCGUAGUUCCGAGGACACCCAGACUCCCGCGCAGCGACAGGCCGCCGCUAAACUUGCACUACGGAAACAACUCGAGAAGACCUUACUGCAGAUCCCCCCUCCCAAACCCCCGCCACCAGAAAUGAACUUCAUCCCUUCGCCCAGCAACACCGACUUCGUCUACUUGGUCGGCUUGGAACACGUAGUUGAUUAUCUUACUAAUGAAGACCGCAUGCCGCGGUCGUCUGUGCCGGCGGUAUGCGCGCAGUGCGGCUGCGACUUCACGCCGGUGUGGCGCUGGGAGCGCGGCCCGGGCGGGCCCGGCGCACAGGCCGCGCGCCGACACGACGCCACCUUCACGCCCGCGCCGCCGCCGCCCUCCGCGCGACGACUCUGCGAGCUCUGCGUCAGCGGGAACAUGUCAGUAUCCCGCAGCACGUCUCGCGGUGGGUCGACGUCAUCCCCCGCGCCCAGCAAGACUCCCGCACCACCGCCCGCGCCACGCCACCACUCUGACCGCUCCAGAGAACCCAGUGAGGUGCCAGCCAAGAAAGGAAAAGGCUCAUCAUCAAGCAGCACCAGCCAGAAUAGCAGUAGCAGUAAGCAGCACCAGCGGGCGGCAGUAGCGGCGGCACAGAUGGCGUUCGAACAACACAGCGCCGCCGCCAUGCAGGCGCUGCAACAUCAACUACUCAGAGCCGGUAAGGGCGGCAGUAACUCGGGCGGAGGCGCCGCCAUGGCCGCCGAGAUGCAGCGCGUUGCUGAGGCACAGAGACAGUAUCUGCUCGACAUGAUACCCGGACAACAUACUAGGAAUCCCUGGACGAAGAAUUAACAACUUUAUGGAGAUCAACCAUGAAUUUCAAGUGGAAGUAGACGAUUGACGGCGCAGUGAUAUCGUAACAAUAAAUACAACGUAUAUCUUAAACCAACCACCGCCCUGAAUUUAGCCACAAAGAGUGAGCGAGACGCGAAUAGCACAAAUUAUUAAAGAGCGAAAAGGACAUCUAUAAGCUCCUACCUAACUUCAGAGUGGUGGUAUUUUGUGCAAGUUAUUAUGACGUUUUAUGGCAGUGUGAGAGAAAUGGAGCUGUACAGUAGGCAUUGCUAUCUCUUUUAUACUUCCAUAUUAUAUUAAAUGUUAUAAUUUCUUUGUACACAAUACGGUAUUCGGCGAUUGUGAAAUUAGUUAAACAAGAAGGUUUAAAGUUUUUGGAAGUUGAAAGAAAUUAUUGGGAAUUAUAGUUAUCUUUUUAUUUGUUUUAAAAUUUUAUACAAAUUGUGUUCAGUUUUUGACCGCCAUGUAUCUACAAAAUGUAAAAACUUUUUGAGAGUUGAACGAUUAUGGACUAUAUAUUGUUGUUUUUAAGACGCAAUUUUGCAUGCAAACUAAAUAACAUACGUAAAUACGAUAACAACUGACACACACCUUCAAUCAAAUCAAAUAAGUAUUAAAAAGUAAAUGUUCACAGCGGUCAAAAUGAUUUAUUUACUAAAACAAAAUUGGUUUAAGGAUAAAAAUAGCUAGAUUUCAUACAUUCUUUGAGAAUCACACCGCGAGAAUGCAUUUCUAAGAGAAUCUAGAUUUAAAUAGUAUAUAAUUAGUAUAUAAGGAUAAUUUUUCAAAGUCUUACAAAGCGAUGCACAAGUUUUUAAAUACGUAAAUGGCUUAGAUUAGUAUAUCAACGAUAAAACAGUUUUGUGCUAAUAAUUACACUAAGAUCUCAAUAGAUGGCAUUGCUGGGCAACGGUUGAAUUUUAAAGUGUAUUAUUUAUGAUUUUUAAUCUAUAUUCGCUAUUUUUUAUUCGUCUUCUUUUCUGUGAAUUUUAUUCAACUCUAUAAUUUUCUUAAUUAAUGGUAUUUGAUGUGCAUUUUUAACCUAUUUUUAUAUGAAUAUGAGUUUAAUAAUCUUUGAUUAUCUUGCAUGCCAUGUCCAUACUAAUAUUGAUUAACCCGUGGUAUGCCGUCACGUACACGAGACACAAUUCUAUUGUAUCUCAUAUACUGACAUACAAGCGGUUAAAAUUCAAAAGCUAACAAGACUUCUUUGAAGUCGUACAAAUAACUUGAUCGUUAAAAGAAUUGACGUAAUUUUUGCAUGAAGUAACUUUGACAUUAACACUUAUUGUUUGCAAAAAUACAGAUCUAAUGUAUUUUAUUGUGUUUUGUGGCUCAUAUACCGGCUUAACAAAGAGAUAAUUUUAACUAAUUAUCAAUCAAAUUGAAGCUUUAUCUCGACUGACUUUGAACUGAUGCGGUGAAGACCAUCUUCCUAACACGUUGAUAACAUUAGCAUAAAUGUAUGCUUUGUUAUAUUUCCUUUGUUAUACUGGACCUUUCUACUCCAUGAGGUAUGGUAGAAAGUGUAAUAUUAUUGAUAGAAAUGAUGACUUAAAAAUAUUUGACACAUAUUUUUUUACCGAUAAACUAAAUG